AAUGCCGUCACGUCUCCCAUUCCACCACUUAUUCUACCAAAUAUUCAAAACGGUUUUUCACAGAAUAUCUCUCAACACGACAUGAAUGCAGAAAAUGCUCGACAGAGCAGACCUCAACUCAAAAUACUAGAACAGCCGACCAAUAGAAUAAGGUAUCGGUAUAGGAGUGAAAAGGGUUCGCACGGGGGGCUGACCGGUGAGAAUAGUUCCCAAAAUAAGAAAACAUAUCCAACUGUUAAGCUAGAAAACUAUCACUCGACAGCUCAGGUAUACAUUAGGGCCAGUCUUUACACUAAUGAGGAGCGGCCUAAGAGUCACGUCCAUAAACUGAUGGGUCGCCACUGCAAUGAAGAGGGCCACUGC